UUUUUCGGUGUCUGUGAGAAAGCUGUAGGCUGGGGCGCUCAAGAGCUGGUUGCUAUGCGUGGCUAUUCGCUCAGGCACUUGUCUGUUCACACCCGCUACCUGUGGAUCUAAAGUUUAUCACUUAGCCUAAACUCCUAUUUCAUCAUCACGGUGUUUCGGACAGACUCAUGAGUCUGUACGGUUCGCAGCGGGGGCUGCAAAUAAGCAGACGGACGGGCUCACGAAGCGACUUGGCCGGGGGAAACUACCAGCUGGUUCACGGCGGUAAUGGAUACACACAGGAGUACAUGGAAGAGCAAAGCUUCACCUUGCCCAGAGGCUCAGUGGUGGGAGGACAGGCCCCCUCCCCCAAGCUUAUCAUCCACCAGAGAGCUUCUCUUCUCAAGGGCCAGUGCCAAGAGUUUCUGCGUAAAGCCGAGUUUAUUUUACAAACGCAGGGCACAGAUGGAGCUCGGGGUGUGACAGAGGUUGAGCACUGCAUGGCCUCUGCCAAAGACAUCAUUGAGCAACUCGAGGUCAUCGCCAUGGAGCUCAGAAAAAUGGGCCAGUCCAACGAGAGUGUGCUCAUCAGUGUGAAACAGUGCUCUGAGCAGCUUAGAGCAGUUCACAUGGCUGCUGGUGGCUCUCUGCAGAGGAAGAGUCGAGGCAGCAGAGGAAGUACAGGCUGGGACGAGUCCAGUAGAAGCUUUCACGACGCCAUAGCCUGGAUCACUCAACAGAAGCGUCUCAUAGAGACAUCACCAUGGGGAGAUGAUACUGCCACCAUAGAGCAGCAGCUAAUCAGCCAUAACAAAUUUCACAGCUCCAUCCAGAGAAGCAUGGAGGUAGAAAGAGCUCGAGAGGAAUUGAGAGUGAGAGGUGACAAGGCCAACUUACAUCUGCUGGACCAGGAAUGGGACAGCCUACAGAAACUGUCAUUUUCACGAAGUGCUCAGCUGCGUGAGUUGCAGAAUAUCAUUGAGGAGAUUUCUCGAGAGAUCAUGUGGGUGAAUGAUCGUGAGGAAGAGGAGCUGGUGUUCGACUGGGGCAACAAAAACAUAGAUGUCUACAUCCCUAAGAAGCAGGAGAGCUACUCAAAGCUAAUGAGUGAGUUGGAGGAGAAAGAGAAAGAUCUGAAUAAACUGAAGCUGAAGGUGGACAACCUGCUGGUGAAAAAACAUCCUGCCUCAGACAAAAUUGAGGCCUACAUGGAAACUCUUCAGACCCAGUGGAGCUGGCUCCUCCAGAUCACCAAAUGCAUCCAUGUACAUCUGAAAGAGAAUGCAGCUUACAGCCAAUUCUUCACUGAAGCUAACGAGACAUACAGCAAACUGCAGCAAGAGCAUGAGACCAUUCGCAGGAAAUUCACCUGUGACAAAACAACACCCCUACAGAACUUACAGGAAUUGCUUAAAGGCCUGGAGAAAGAACGUGAGCGUCUGAUGGAGCAGAAGCAGCAGGUUCAGCACCUGGUGAAUAAAUCCAAGAGUAUUGUGAGACUAAGACCAAGAAACCCAGAGGACAAGAGCAGCAGCCCUGUGAUAGUACAGGCUUUAUGUGACUUCAGACAAGAUCAGAAGGUGAUCUGUAAGGGCGAUGAAGGCAUCCUACAAGAUAACUCAGAGCGCACUAAGUGGCAUGUGACUGGACCUGGAGGUCUGGACAUGCAGGUUCCUUCCAUCUGUCUGUUUGUGCCCCCACCCAACCCACUGUCCAUCAGCCUGGCUAACAAGAAUGAGCAGUACUAUGAAGCUAUUCUGUCACUGUGGAACCAGCUUUACAUCAACAUAAAGAGCCUCAUCUCCUGGCAGUAUUGCCUUCAGGACAUCAACCGCAUCAACUCUCUCACCAUCUCCAUGUUGGCUCAGAUGCGUCCAGAGGAAUACCGAAAUAUCAUUAAGAGUUUGGAAACUCGGUAUCAAGAAUUUCAGAGGAACAGCAUGGGCUCUGAGAUUUUUGGAGAGGAAGACAGGAGAACCAUUGAGACCCAGUACACUGGAGCUCAGCAACACUAUGAUCAGCUAGUUGUACAGCUACCAGCCUAUACUUCCAAAAGGUUUCAAAAGGUUUCGUUUGGUGUGAACCUCCUCAGUGAACUGCAUGCUCUGCAGCUGAAGCUGGACACAGCAGAGUCAGCCCUAACCACCCACCUGCACAUCCCAUUGGGACAGGAUGCCCCGGCACAGUGUGCCAAUCACAUUUCUCGCACACAGGCAGUACAGAAGGACAUGGAGUCAUUAAGAGGAGAGUUUUUAAGUCUAAAAGAGCAAGUGCUGAAAGAACUAGAGGACAUGAAAGACACAGAUAAAGCUCAGUUUCUACGCAGCCAACUGAAUCUCAUCAAUCAGAGACUGGACAGGCUUGAUUCUCAUACUGGCACUUAUCUACUAAGGUUAAAGGCCUUGAAGUCUCUGCUGCAAGCCUUACUGCAGGCCGAGGAUGUGGUGAAGGUUUAUGAAGCUCGGCUCACAGAAAGAGACACAACAUCACUGGACCCUGCCGAAGUCCAGGAGUACCAGAGCACUCUUAGGAUUAUGCAGGCUGAGCUUGAGCAGAAGAAACAUGUGUUGGGCUUGCUGGAGGCAGAAUUAAGCAAGACCCGUCAGUACAAUGAACAAAUUUAUGAGAGCUGUCAAAGAUGUGACAUCGAGGUUUGCCAGUAUGCUGAACAUGUAAGCUUGCUAUCUGACCGUUGGAAACGCAUUCAAACACAGAUAAACAGCAGAUUGGAUGAUCUAGACUCAUAUCUGCAGCAGCUAUUGCGGUAUCUUAAGUCUAGCUCCUCUCUCAGCGAAUGGAUUGAUGUCACAAAAGGACACAUAGAUGCUCAGCAGACCACCAAGACAGAUGACAUCACAGUCCUCACCAGACUCCUUAAUGAACAGAAAGUGCUAAAUUCUGAGAUAAUGACAAAGAGAGAGGCAGUGGAGGCUGUACAGAAGGAUGGUGAUUCAUGUGUAAAUGCUAUCAAGGGCUAUGAGGUAGAGUUGGCCUCUUACAGUGCUGGGCUAGAGACUCUGCUCAAUAUACCCAUUAAGAGAACCAUGCUGCAAUCUCCAUCUACUGCUGUGAUACAGGAGGUUUCCUCCAUACAUGCCCGCUACUUAGAGUUGCUUACACGUUCAAGUGAUUACUGCAGACACCUUGGAGACUCACUAAAGAACUUGGAGCAACUCAAGAUUAGAAACACCAGGAUAGAUUUGCUAGAAGAGGAGCUAAGGCUUCUGAAAGCAGGCAUUCAUGACCGUGAUGCUAAGAAUGUCUCACUGCAGGAGGCACUCUCACAGUACCAACUUCAGCUGAGCGAAUCUCAGGAACAUCUCCUCUCCCUGGAGGAGGUCAAGAGGAGCCAGGCUAUGCAGUGCAGUGCUGCACAGGAGAGCUUAAGCUCCUCCCAGAGCCACCUACAAGAGCUCAUGGAGGAGCUCCAACACUACAAGCUGCUUUUGGAGAAGGAGAAGGCAAACAAGAAGAUUUUGGAGGAACGGUACACCAGUCAGCAGGAAGAACAUGAGGAGGCCAUGCGUAAAAGACAGAGGGAGCUGGAAGGGGCCAACUGGGCCAAGAUUGAGUUAGAGAAGACAGUGGCAGAUCAGACCCGGGAGGUUGAGCGUUUAAAAAGGCAGCUGGACGAGGAGGCACAGAAUGUUAAGGAGGCACAGAUGGAACUGGCUAAGGUAAGGCAGCAGCACAGCAUGGAAAUAAAGGAGGUUAAACAGGUCUAUGAGUCCCAGAUCCUGGUAACACAGACCAACAUGCAGAAGCUCUCACAACAGCAGGAGGACAACUCCUCAACGAUGCAGCUGAAGGUUGACAGGCUAGAGGGGGAAUGCAAGGAAUUGCAGGAAGAGUUGAGGAGGCUGCGGCUAACCCUCAGAGAGGAGGAGGCUCAGAGAAGGUGUGCUGAAGGCCUACUGCAGCAACAGACUGUAGCAAGCUCUGAGGACACCAGGAAAAGGAGUGAAUUGGAGGCUCAAAUUCAGCUGCUUCUCAAUCAAAAAAGUACAAAUGAGAGCAAAUGGAAAGAGGUGCAGGAGAGCUUUGCUCAGGCACUGAAAGAAAAGGGCAAUGAAAUUUCCAGCCUCAGACACUCUCUUGAGGAAGAGUUACGCAAGAAGAGAGCUAUAGAAACUGUGGGUGCCCGUCUGGAAAAGGAGUUAGCUGACCUCCAUAUUAAACAUACAACCUGCUGUCAGGAGCUAGUGCAGCUUCGCUCCUCACAGCAAGAGUUAACAAUCGUCCGUGUGGAGCUAGAAUCUCAAGCAAAUGAGAGGAACCGGGUAGAACAGAAUGUCAUACGACUUCAGUCCAGGAUUCAGGAACUCCAGGAGGAACUGAAACAGUUGGAGGGGGAGCUAGAGCAGCAAGGACGAGUGGCUCAAGAAGAAUCUGCUAAGCGCAGGAAAAGUGAAGCUCAGCUUGAGAAGUCCAGUCAGGCCAUGCGUGAGUAUACCUCCACUAUCACUACUUUGCGCAAGAGUCAGGAGCAGGUCAGCAUUGAGGCCAGGCAAGCGGAGGAAGAGUGCAGGCGACUGAAAGAGGCUCUUGACCGUACCUUGAAAGAGCAUGGUUUCUCUAGCCAACGGUUGGCCACGCUUGAAGCUGAAAUGAAAACCUUGAGGUUGCAGUUGGUGCAAGAGCAAGGCCGAGUUCGUGAGGCCAACCAACGCUAUGAAGCCCUGCACAGGAGCAUGGAGGAGAAAACUCGAGCUCUGAACGAAAUGACUGCUGACGUAGAGCGUCUGAAGAAGCUUACAGAGACUCUCACCAAGGAGCGUCUUCACCUGGAGGAGGAGCUACGGGCCAUACGUCUGGAGCGCGAAGAGCUGCUGCAAGGCAGGCAGCAUGAGGAUGAAGAGAUGAGUACCCAAAUUAAAGCUCUUCAGCAACAGCUUCAAAACAGCCAGCAUGCUAGAACCGAGCAUGACAGCCUUGUCCAACAACUUUCACAGGAGAGAGAAAAGCUGCGACUGGAGAUACAAAAUAUUCAAAAACAGGCCAGCGAGACUUCAUCCUUGAUCCAGGCGUCCCAAUCUCAGUGCACUGAAUUACAGCAAGAGCGGGAUGCCCUCAUCAGGAAGAUGAAUACAAUGGAACAGGAUCUGACCCGCAUGAAGAAGUUUGAGGAAGAGCUGAACCGCGUCAAACUAUCACUAGAGUCAGAACUGCGUCUGAAAACACAGCUGCAGGAAGAGAAUGGAAGGCUCAGGAAGGAGUUCAGCCACUGGAAAAAGAUGUGUGAGACCCAGGAGGAGCAAGUGCGGCAGCAUAGCACACAGCACAUGGUGCUAGAUCGAGAACAUAACUCAUUGAGGAGUGAGUUGGAGCGGCUGCAGGCCCGACUGAAGGAGGUGGAGGAGCGCCACAGGCUCCAGCUACAGGCACUGGAACAUGAGCGUGCAGAGCUACAGACUCUGAGAGAUUCAUUGCAAGAGGACGUGCUGAAACUACGGCAGAAACCAGAUGCUGCAGACAGGUACACACAGACGGACCAGCCUGAUACACACAUCGAUCCCUCCACUCUGGUUUUUGAUGGUGUCCGUAAAAAGGUCACAGCUCAACAGCUGCAUGACUGUGAUGUAAUCGACAGCAAAACAUUGGACCACUUGGUCAGGGGUCAACAGACUGUCCAGGAUGUGGCUAUUGAUAUCAAGCUGAAUCUCAAGGGUACAGGUGCCAUUGCAGGACUAGCAGCAGGGCCUGCAGGAAAGUUAACAAUCACAGAGGCCAAAAGAGAUAACUUGAUUACAAAAGAGAGUGCAGUGAAACUGCUAGAGGCUCAAGCAGCCACAGGGUACAUAAUUGAUCCUAGAGCUAAUGUGAAGAUGACAGUGAAAGAGGCUUGUCUCAGUGGACUUGUGGAUGAAGAGGAUAAGGAGCACCUGCUAACUGCAGAGGCUGCCUGCAUUGGAUUCAGAGAUCCAAACACAGACAAACCUCUGUCAGCCAGCCAAGCCAUGAGGAAGGGGUUGAUAGAUCACGAUACAGCUCUGCGUCUGCUGCAGGCACAAGAGGCUGCCGGAGGGGUCCUUGACCCUCUCCUCAGUGUAUAUCUCCCAAAGGAUGUUGCCAUGGACCGUGAUCUGAUUGAUGAGAGCCUUUAUCAAGCCUUGAAUACAAAACCAAACUGCUACAUUGACCCUGAUACGCGUCUGAGUGCUAGCUAUAUCAGCCUAAAGAAGCUAUGCAAAGUUGACCCUAACACCGGCUUGCUCCUGCUUCCAGCCCCUCAAGAGCAAAUUAUGGUACAGGGCCUACGGGGAAAGGUUUCUGUGUCUGAUCUAGUACAGGCCAACUUGCUAGAGUACACAGACAUAGAUCAGCUAAAAGAGGGCAAGCUGACUGGCCAGGACAUUGAGCAUAGACUUCGGGCCUACCUGCGGGGGUCUACCUGCAUUGCUGGAGUCUUCGAUGAAGCCAACAAAUGUAUCUUGCCUAUCUAUCAGGCCAUGAAAGAAGGACUUCUGAGACCUGGCACCACGAUGGAGCUUCUCGAAGCCCAAGCCGCUUCGGGCUUCGUGAUUGACCCUGUUAACAACCAGUACUACACAGUAGAAGAGGCUUGUAAGAAGCAUCUGGUUGGUGUGGAGUUUAAAGACAAACUCCUCUCUGCUGAGAGAGCAGUUACUGGAUAUAAGGAUCCAGGUACUGACAAGAUCAUUUCCCUUUUUGAGGCAAUCGAACGGGGUCUGAUUGAGAAAGGCCAUGGUAUUCGCCUUCUAGAGGCUCAGAUAGCCAGUGGUGGUAUCAUAGACCCGAAACAAAGUCAUCGAAUUGAUGUUGAUGUGGCUUAUCAGAGAGGUUACUUUGACAAAGAGAUGAAUCAAAUUCUAAAAGAUGAGGGAGAUGACACAAAAGGGUUCUUUGAUCCAAACAAUGAAGACAAUCUGACAUAUCUGCAAUUGAAGAGUCGCUGUAUUACAGAUGAGAAAACUGGCCUUGUGCUUUUGCCACUUCAUGAUAAGAGCAAGACAGCAGCAACACAGAAAAACACUACACGGAAGACAAGGGUUGUGAUCGUAGAUCCAGAUACCAAUAAGGAAAUGACAGUACGUGAAGCCUAUGACAGGAAGUUGAUUGACUACGAAACCUACCUGGAGCUUUCCCAGCAAGAAAGUGAAUGGGAAGAAAUGACUAUUACUGCCACAGAUGGCACGAGCAAACUGGUCAUUACUGAUAAGAAAACAGGCCUUCAGUAUGACUUGCAAGAACUGCUUGAUAAAAGCGUGAUCGACCAAGACACUUUAAGCAAGUACCGCUCAGGGGCCAUUACUUUGACACAAUUUGUUGAUAUUAUUACCAGUAGGAUCAAACCAACAAAUCAGCCCCUUGGCCCUUCCUCAUCUGCCUCCUCAUUGUCAUCCCAGACAACAGUCAAAAACGAAACCGUGUCAACUAUCAGAAGCACUCCCUUGCAGCAACCUCCCUCCUCACCAAAGCGCAUUGCUAGCAUGUCAAUUACUUUGACAUCACCUGGAGAGUCUAUAGAUGAGCAGAAUCCAGUUGGGGCCAUCUUUGACACAGAGAAGUUAGAGAAGAUUAGCAUCUAUCAAGCAAUGAAGCGUGGCCUUGUGGACUCUAUCACAGGGCAAAGGCUGCUAGAAGCACAAGCCUGUACUGGUGGCAUUGUAAACCCAGAAAAUGGCCGCCGCAUCUCCAUUCAAGAAUCUAACCGCUUGGGCAUAAUUGAUGAUGACAUGGCUAACCGACUGAAACCUGCUCAGAAAGCCUACAUUGGCUUUGAGGAUCUAAAAACCAAGAAAAAGAUGUCAGCAGCUGAAGCUGUGAAGGAAAAGUGGUUACCAUAUGAGGCCGGCCAGCGUUUCCUUGAAUUUCAGUUUUUGACAGGAGGCCUAUUUGAUCCAGAACAGGGCCGAAGACUCACACUUGAGGAGGCUUUGCACUUAGGAUGGCUGGAUGGAAGAUCAGCGCAGAAACUCUUGGAAACGCGCCACCACCCUAAGGCGCUGACUUGCCCCAAGACUAAGUUGAGGAUUUCCUACAAGGAGGCUAUGGAUGCAUGUAUGUUGGAAGAAAAAACAGGGGUGCGCAUGCUUCCUGCAGCUGCCACCUCCUCACAUGGUAUCAGCAGCCCUUACAACACAAAACCAAGUUCUGCUCCAGGCUCACAAAGUGGGUCGCGCAGAGGGAGCGUGGACCAUAGUUUUUCAACUUCAUCCUCCUCCAGAUACAGCAGCUUCACAUACAGCAGAACCUCUUUCAGCACCAGGUCUCUUUCAUAAAGAAAAUUACCCCCAGCAUAUACACAGGCUGUCAAAAUAUUAACUAAAUUACAUUAAGGAUUGUAAUGAAUGAAUUAAAUAGAAAGAUAGGAGGAAGAAAUAAGCUACUCACAGAAUAUAAUGAAAUAUUAAAAACAUUAUUUUAGAAUAUACUCAGUAGUGUGACUAUAUACUUUCCUUUUCAUGAAAAUGUCUACUCAAUAUCAUUAUUAGAUCAUCUGUCAGUGACUUUUGAAUAAUCCUUUACUGUAGUUGCUUGGUAAUUCAAGGAUUUUUUUUUAAGGUAACAAAAAGGUAAUGCCUAUAUAUCUGAAGUGGUGUGGGUAUUGAUGAUGUUAGGAAGUAAUUACACUGUAGCUGUAAUCUCUACUUAGGUUGGAAACUUAAUGUUUAUAUUGCUGCAGUUCAUUGUUAAGUAGAUGGAAACAUUUUAAUUUCAAGUGCCUCUGCUUUUCUACUAUAUGUUUAACAUAGUUGGUAACUAAUGUGAUGCUUUGAAAUGAAUAAAAAAAUCAUGAAUACA